CCAAUGACCAACAAAGACUUCCUUUUCCCCACGAUCAGCACAAAUGGUGUGCUACAGCCAGGUGAGCCACUUUCCCUUGACAUGAGCCAGAAAUGGAUUGACAAGGUGGUAGUGGGGUCUGGAACUCCUGGGAUGUUUAUGACCCAUUGCUAUCGUCAUGGUGGAGCACAAUAUUGGUUCAUGUUUGUGCCAGUGGGGCAGCAAUGGACCCUUGCACAGGUCCAGUGGUGGGGGGGAUGGGCUGAAGGUGAGCAUCAUGACACACUGAUGUGCUACCUCCUCAAUGAGCUGAAUUGCUAUGGAAACAACCACAGCAAUGUGCUGCAACCAGUCCCACAUGAAGGUGAUUGUUCACUUGCAGGCGAAGCUGCACUCAUCAAGCCAGCAUCCACUGAGGCACUCAACAUGGCACAUGCAUCAAUAACAGCUGACAUGGCAGUGCUACACACAACUGUGAAGGAAGUGAAGGAAACCUCAUGCUCACUAUCAGUAGAUGUAAGGGAGAUCUGCCAACAGCUCAGUGACAUGAGCAACCUGGUCAUAAAGGCCCUGACCUUGGCCUCUGCAUGUUCAGCCCCUUCUGGACCUGUGUCACACCAGGACACUACUGGCACCUACCAACAUUCACCUGCACAGACCACAACUUUGUUGCCCCCAGCAAUCCAGUCUGCUUCCAUGCCAACAGCAAGUGAGCCUUCUUUGUUGCCCCCAGCGAUCCAGUCCACUUCCAUCCCAGCUGCCCAACCAUAUCUACCUACUCUCAAUUUACAACUGACUCAAAUGCAGUUCAGGAUACUGUGGGUUGUCCAACCCUCAGAUCUUUCAUUCUUGACAUCCCUCCCUUUGCAUUUCAGACCCCAGAGGACCAAGACCCAUGCCUCUACCUCCCUUCUGAGAGUUGUCAUCCCAGACAUGCCCAUUUUGCAUCCCAAUGGGACAUGGACUGCAAAGUCAGACUCUUGGAGGGACAUAGUGUGCCACUGGAUGGAGGGUGAGCCAUGGCUUGACCUGCACAUUCCACUCAAGGACUGGCCUUAUCACUACUACAAUGGGAAGAGUGGCCAUCAAUUCAACACAAAGUACUCUCAGCAACAUGUCAUUGCAAUGGAAUUCCUUGAUGAAUUCCAGGGGGACAAGGAAACCUUCCUCAGGAUCUAUGGAAGUGCCAUCAGUCAAGGACACACGAAACUCCUCAAAGCAAUCUUGGCUGCC